GAGAGGUUAUAGAUUGUGGCCAACGGUCAUCGAUAUCGUCUGAUCAAGCAUGUUCCAGGCUAUUUAUCCCUCAUUUAUUAUCCUUGAAAUCAAGACUACGUUACGCUGCGUAUAUAUUCUCAGCGUCUCUUGUAAUAGCAGCAGACUGUGACAACAUCGGCACUCACGAGCACCAUUCUCAUGGUUCACGCAGGAGAGUCGCUUGCUGUUUGGUAUGUGUGGGACCACCCUUCGAUGUAUGUUGAUGUCAAUUGUGGGCAGGCGCGUCUGAGGUCGGGCGUCAUCGUCCGCAGUGUCGCACACGCCAGAGACAAAGAAAACUUAAUCAGUACAGUAGGGAAAAAUGCUCAAGUAGUCUAUAGCACAACGCGUUUACUCAUCAUUUUACUGCAGUCUGUCUGAUAUAUUAUUCUUCUUUGCUUCCUACUAAUAUGCGCUGAAUAUGCGGAGUUAUAGUGGGUCACGAUGCUGAUUCCCGAGAGCUCUGUCGUACUCAUUCACCUCCAGGUUAACGUGUAUGUUAUCUUUAGUGUCCACACUAGCCACCUGAAUCCGAAAAUAGCUUUCUCUUUCUCUGGGUUGUUUCGGGGGCUCUGGGGCACGUGAGGGCUUCUCACUCCUAUUCGACGCGCGUUCCCACUCCCAGUGUCUUCGGCACGCAGCACAUGGCCCCCAUCAAGACCGUUAUCCUGGUAUGUGUUCUCAGCCCUUCUCGGACCACCUUUUUGGCGACCCUAUUCGGAUGUGGCGCCGCGCCCAUAGGGCUACCGUACUUCGGUGGCGUUGAUGCACAGGCCAUCGAGCCCUUCCAAUUCCCAGGCCGCCAUUCGCGGCAUGAAACCCCCGCGGCAGAAGGGAGAACAGACCGCGCUGCGCUUCAAUAUUGAAGCUUGAAGCUUGAAAGGGUGCACAAGGCUCGCGUAUCACGCUUCCAAAGCGUGGAUGGGCCACGAUCAGCUGGCCCAGCAUCAAGGCGGCUCCCACAUCAGCUCACGAAAGUAUAUAUACCCGCGCAUCCUACUCCCUCUUUCUUCCUUAUCCUGCCGCUGCUCAUACUACAAGCCUUCCGCAAAAACAUUUACAACCCUCUCACCAACCCAAAAACAAACACUUGAUACUCUUCACCAUGUGCGCCACCGUGUUCUCCGCUGCUGUCAACGAUACUGCCGUGCCCACGAACGCUGCACGCGCUGCCAUCAGCCAAGUUCCUUCGGACAAGGGGAGCAGCGGCCAACCCCAGUGCUGUCACUGCGGCUGGCGCGGUUCUCACGCUCCCAACUGUCCUUUCAAGUAGACUUGCGAUCUUAAAAGUGC